AUGUUUGGCUCCUCAACGCGCAACCAGAAGAUCGAGCGAGUCUGGGUCGAUGUUGGGGAAGGCUUCGUCAGGCGAUGGCGAGUUUUUUUCACCCGGCUUGAGGGCCUUCAUGGCCUUGUCGCUAGCAAUCCAACACACCUAUGGCUCUUGCAAGAGCUUUUCCUCGGCGACAUCAAUCGUGAUGCCGACGACUGGACUCGCCACUGGAACAUGCACAAGCUAUCGGGAAAGCAUCGGAACCAAACACCUUCAGACAUUCGGCACUUGGCACGUGUGACUGUCGGGAUAUACGAUGAUGACUAUGCCACUGUCCACCCAGACCUCCUUUCGGAGCAUUACGGUGUUGCAGGAGCUCCAAAGUUGAGGAGACGGAGCCAGACUGGAGCAGGGCAUUCCGAAGAUACAGACGACGAAGAUGAGCCGAUGGAGGACGAGUCAGAUGGGGAAGCCGAGCAGGAAGAGCCCAGGGAGGAAGUGGAUGUGGGCAAAGCAUGGCUCGGGACCUCAGCUGGCGAGGUGCCUGAAAGUGGCACUGGUUCCGACAGCGAGGACGAGGAUGAUGACGAGGAUGACGACUUAGUCGCCCAAAUCAUCGCUAGCCAAGAAUCAAAUAUCCGCCAUGCUGCUGUCAAGGUUGCCCGGCACUCCAACCCAUUUGAGUCACAAGAGGACGAGGAUGCCUUCUGGGCAAUCUUGGAACAGGUCUCCAACACUGGCUUCCUACCGCCCCACAUGAACAUUCGGAGCGAUGAUUGGGAAGACAUCGGCUACCCGACAUACGAAAACCUCGUCGUCGGGAGGAGAAAAGCACCACUGCGGGUUGAGCUACCACACGAGUUGUGGUUGCCGCGGGCUGAGAAGUGGUGCAGGGCUGUUUCAGUUCUUACGCGGAUUCUUAGCCAGGGAGACUCUGGAUCAGAGAGUAGCACAUCGGGCGAAGCGCCGUCAGAUUAUAGUAUGGGUACCGAGUCUGAUAGCUGA